UCAUGGUGACUCUCUGUUUACAGUCUCCGACCUGAUUGCAAUGAAGCUUAAGCGAUUUCUCCUCAGAUAUUACCCCCCAGGAAUAAUCCUCGAAUAUGAGAAAGCCGGGAAAUUUAAUACGAAGUCUAUUGAUCUGCUGGAUUUAUCUCCGGGGUGUGACACCGAGAAGUUAAUUGACAUCAUCAAGGAGACAGAGCCUCUGAUCACUGACUCAUGCAUACCUAAAUUGAAACACCUCUUAAACCGGCUUCAGGAGAAGCUGAACCAGCCAGAUAACCACAGGUUUUCCCUGUUUAAGAAGCUACAGGCACACAUACUUCCUCUCACUAAUGUUGCCUUCAAUAAAUCUGGAACAAGGUUCAUCACUGCCAGCUAUGACAGGACCUGUAAGAUAUGGGACACUGCAUCAGGAGCAGAGAUCCAUACACUAGUUGGACACAGGAAUGUGGUCUAUGCCAUAUCCUUCAAUAACCCAUAUGGAGACAAAAUUGCUACCGGAUCCUUUGAUAAGACAUGCAAGCUGUGGAGUGCCGAAACAGGCAAAUGUUACUAUACUUUUCAUGGACACACUGCCGAAAUUGUAUGUCUGGCAUUCAACCCUCAAAGCACCAUGAUUGCAACAGGAAGCAUGGACACCACAGCCCGAUUGUGGGACAUCGGCACAGGGGAAGAAAUGGCCACGCUAGUGGGUCACUCAGCUGAAAUUAUCUCCCUAUCAUUCAACACGGUUGGAAACCAGCUGGUCACGGGCUCCUUUGACCACACAGUGUCACUUUGGGAUAUUCCAUCAGGAAGGCUCGUAUACACAUUAACUGGACACCGAGGAGAGAUUAGCAGUGUGCAGUUUAACUGGAGUGGUUCUCUUAUCGCCACUGGAUCCAUGGAUAAGACCUGUAAGGUGUGGAACACAUUGAAUGGAAAGUGUGUGACUACACUAACAGGUCACAAGGAUGAAGUGCUGGAUGUCUGCUUCAACUACACUGGCCAGCUUAUUGCUACAGCAUCUGCUGAUGGAACAGCAAGAGUGCACAGUGCGACUAGAGGAGAAUGCACUGUUAAGCUUGAGGGCCACGAGGGAGAAAUAUCUAAGAUCUGCUUCAACCCACAGGGCACUCAAGUGCUGACAGCCAGCUCAGAUAAGACUGCGAGGUUGUGGGAUGUAGCUUCGGGCUCUUGUUUGCAGGUUUUGCAGGGUCACACGGACGAGAUCUUUUCCUCAACCUUCAACUAUGAAGGUGAUAUCAUCAUCACAGGUAGUAAGGACAACACCUGUCAGAUCUGGCGCUGACAGAACUAUACAGUGUAGAUUAGCUGUUGGGGAAUGAUUCUUUAAGAUAUGUGCAGCGAAAUAUAUAGUGUUAUUUUUUAAAUUGUAACCCCAUUGAUUGAACACGUUGUACACACUUAAGUUUAACAUAUAAAGACUGCAUUA